AUGGGUUCUGAAGACGAAACAAAGCCUUACAUAAACAGAAGGGAUGAUAAUAUUGCUGUAUCAUAUCAGGAUUAUGGAUCUGAAUGUAAAUGCAGUGAGGACGAGAAGAAACCUGAGAAACUGAAUAUGGUCAGUCCGUUAACACUGAUCUCCUUUUUGUUUCCUUUCAGAUAUGCAUAUUAUUAUUCUGGAAUAGGAGCUUGUGUUCUUUUCGCUGCCUACAUUCAAGUUUCAUUUUGGACACUAGCUGCUGGCAGGCAAAUAAAAAGAAUCAGACACGAAUUUUUUCAUGCCGUAAUGAGACAGGAGAUUGGAUGGUUUGAUGUAAAUGAUGUGGGCGAACUGAACUCUAGAAUUGUGGAUGACAUCUCCAAGAUUAAUGAAGGAAUAGGGGAAAAAAUAGGGAUGUUCUUUCAGGCAGUGGCUACGUUUUUUGCUGGAUUUAUAGUUGGUUUUACAAAAGGCUGGAAAUUAACACUUGUGAUCCUGGCAUUCAGUCCUGUUCUGGGCUUCUCUUCAGCUAUCUGGGCAAAGAUAAUUUCUGCAUUCACUAACAAAGAACUAACUGCAUAUGCAAAAGCAGGAGCUGUUGCAGAGGAAGUUCUGGCAGCAAUUCGAACUGUGGUAGCAUUUGGAGGACAGAGGAAAGAAACUGAAAGAUACCAAAAAGAUUUAGCAGAAGCCAAACGCAUCGGUAUCAAAAAAGUUAUUUCAGCCAAUAUUUCCAUAGGUAUUGCUUUCUUUUUGAUAUAUGCAUCAUAUGCAUUGGCUUUCUGGUAUGGAACCACUUUGAUACUUUCUGAUGACUAUACAAUCGGAAACGUCUUUACAGUCUUUUCUUCUAUAUUACUUGGAGCUUUUGGGGUUGGAUCUAGUGCACCAAGCAUGGAGGCAUUUGCCAAUGCAAGAGGAGCUGCCUAUGCAAUCUUCAGUAUUAUAGACAAUGAACCUCAGAUUGACAGUUCAUCCAAUGCUGGCUAUAAACCUGACCAUGUUAAGGGGACUUUGGAAUUCAAAAAUGUUUACUUCAAUUAUCCUGCUAGGCCAGAUAUUCAGAUACUGAAAGGCUUGAAUCUGAAGGUCAACUGUGGCCAGACAGUAGCCCUGGUUGGUGGCAGUGGCUGUGGGAAAAGUACAACUGUUCAGCUCAUCCAGAGAUUUUACGAUCCCAAGGAAGGCACGAUCAGGAAAGGACGCACUAUACUUGUUAUUGCUCACCGUUUGUCAACAGUUCGAAAUGCAGAUCGUAUAGCUGCUUUCGAAAAUGGUGUCAUCACAGAACAAGGGACACAUGAGGAAUUAAUGGAACAGAAGGGAGUUUACUACAAACUUGUUAAUAUGCAGACAUCAGGAACUGAAGAUCAGUUACAGGAAGAAGGUAAUGCACACAGUGUCUCAGAAAAGACACUGAAUGGAUCAGUACUGACUGGACAGAAAAGACAGUCCACUCGGAACAGCAUAAAACGGUUCAGAAUACAGAAUGAUGAACUUGAUGUAAAAGCUGUUCAGCUUGAUAAAAACAUACCUCCAGUGCCAUUUCUUAAAGUUAUGGCGUUGAAUAAAACUGAAUGGCCUUACUUUGUUGUUGGAACUCUAUGUGCAAUUAUCAAUGGGGCCUUACAACCCAUAUUUUCAGUCAUAAUUGCAGAUGUUAUAGGGAUAUUUGUAGAAAAAGGAAAGGCUGCUAUCAGGGAGACAAAUAGCAUGUAUGCACUACUCUUUUUAGGUUUUGGACUAAUUUCUUUUGUCACGUUUUUUCUUCAGGGUUUCACAUUUGGCAAAGCUGGAGAAAUCCUUACAAUGAGGCUCCGCUCCAUGACAUUUAAAGCAAUUCUGAGACAGGAGAUCAGCUGGUUUGAUGAACCUAAAAAUAGCACUGGAGAAUUAAUUACAAGACUUGCUAAUGAUGCCUCACAAGUGAAAGAAGCUACAGGUUCCAGACUGGCAUUAAUUGCUCAAAAUGUAGCGAAUCUUGGGACUGGGAUCAUUUUGUCAUUGACCUAUGGCUGGCAGCUGACUCUUCUGCUUUUAGCCAUUGUGCCAGUUAUUGCUGUAACAGGAAUGAUUCAAAUGAAGAUGCUUACUGGACAUGCAAAAAAAGAUAAAAAGGAACUGGAAACUGCAGGAAAGAUUGCUUCUGAAGCCAUAGAAAAUAUUCGAACUGUUGUUGCUUUGACUCAGGAAAGAAAAUUUGAGUUUAUGUAUGGGCAAAAUUUGCAAGUGCCAUACAGAAGUUCUGUAAAGAAGGCACAUAUCUUUGGAUUUACUUUUGCGUUUUCACAAGCUAUUAUGUACUUUAUUUAUGCUGGAUGUUUUAGGUUUGCUGCAUAUCUAGUAAAAAAUGGACAUAUGCUGUUUAAAGAUGUGCUUUUGUAAUUUUCUCCUUUUGAUUUUUGUGGAGUUUUUUCAGCUAUUGUAUUUGGUGCAAUGGCAUUAGGACAAAGCACUUCUUUGACUCCAAACUAUGCCAAAGCCAAGAUGUCAGCUGCUCACUUGUUUGUGCUGUUUGAAAGAGUACCCUCCAUAGACAGUUACAGUGAGGAAGGGGAGAAGCCUAAAAUAUUUGGUGGAAACAUAACAUUCAAAGAUGUGGCAUUUAACUACCCAACCCGACCAGAGGUCAAAGUGCUCCAAGGCUUGAACAUUGAAGUAGAAAAAGGACAAACUCUGGCUCUUGUUGGUAGCAGUGGUUGUGGUAAGAGCACUGUUGUUCAGCUGCUUGAGAGAUUUUAUGAUCCACUCAGUGGAGAAAUGCUCCUGGAUGGCCAAAAUGCAAAGAAGCUAAAUAUCCAGUGGCUGAGAGCUCAGAUCGGUAUCGUCUCCCAAGAGCCAAUCCUGUUUGACUGCACUAUUGCUGAAAACAUCGCAUAUGGAGAUAACAGCCAGGAGGUGUCACAUGAGGAAAUCGUUAGAGCAGCAAAAGAAGCCAAUAUUCAUUCUUUCAUUGAAUCACUACCAAAGAAAUACAGUACACGUGUGGGAGACAAGGGAACCCAGCUCUCCGGCGGUCAGAAGCAACGCAUUGCUAUUGCCCGAGCUCUUGUACGGCAGCCCCAAAUCCUGCUGUUAGAUGAGGCUACCUCUGCUCUGGAUACGGAAAGUAAAAAGAUUGUCCAGGAAGUGCUGGAUAAAGCCAGGGAAGGUCGCACCUGCAUCGUGAUAGCUCACCGCCUGUCCACCAUCCAGAACGCUGACAAGAUUGCCGUGAUCCAGAACGGCAAGGUCGUAGAGCAAGGGACUCAUCAGCAGCUCCUGGCUGAAAAAGGCGUCUACUACUCUCUGGUCAAUGUUCAAAGUAGGCCAUGA